AUUCCAUCAAUUGUUGCAUUUGUUCUCGUUUUCAUUGAUUUUGACAGACAGGAACUGUAAAAAUUUGUGAAACCAAAGUAAUUUGACCAUGUCGCACAUGUCUCACAUGUUGCAGCAACCGUCCACGCCCUCCAGCGUGGCUUCCACCUCGUCACGGACCAUGUCGCUGAUGGAGAAGCAGAAGUACAUUGAAGAUUACGACUUCCCCUAUUGUGAUGAGAGCAGCAAAUACGAGAAGGUGGCCAAAAUUGGACAGGGGACCUUUGGCGAGGUGUUCAAGGCACGGGAGAAGAAGAGCAACAAAAAGUUUGUGGCCAUGAAAAAAGUGCUCAUGGACAACGAAAAAGAAGGCUUUCCCAUCACGGCCCUGCGUGAGAUUCGAAUCCUGCAGCUGCUGAAGCACGAAAAUGUGGUCAAUCUGAUUGAGAUUUGUCGCACAAAGGCCACAGCCACGAAUGGUUACAGAUCCACUUUCUAUUUGGUCUUUGAUUUCUGCGAGCACGAUUUGGCCGGGCUGCUGUCUAACAUGAAUGUGAAAUUCAGCCUCGGGGAGAUCAAAAAGGUUAUGCAGCAACUGCUGAACGGCCUCUACUAUAUACACAGCAACAAGAUUUUGCAUAGAGAUAUGAAGGCUGCCAAUGUUCUAAUUACCAAACAUGGAAUCCUGAAGCUGGCCGACUUUGGCCUAGCUCGCGCAUUUAGUAUCCCAAAGAAUGAUUCAAAGAAUCGCUACACAAACAGAGUCGUAACGCUGUGGUAUCGUCCGCCCGAGUUACUGCUGGGAGAUCGUAACUAUGGUCCGCCCGUGGACAUGUGGGGAGCUGGCUGCAUUAUGGCCGAGAUGUGGACACGCUCGCCCAUUAUGCAAGGCAACACAGAGCAGCAGCAGCUGACUUUCAUCUCGCAGCUGUGUGGUUCCUUUACGCCAGACGUGUGGCCAGGUGUAGAGGAACUGGAGCUGUACAAGUCCAUUGAACUGCCAAAGAAUCAGAAGCGGCGCGUCAAGGAGCGCCUGCGUCCGUAUGUCAAGGAUCCCACUGGGUGCGAUCUGCUCGACAAACUCCUGACUCUAGAUCCCAAGAAGCGCAUUGAUGCGGAUACAGCACUGAACCACGACUUCUUCUGGACUGACCCCAUGCCCAGCGACUUGAGCAAGAUGUUGUCGCAGCAUCUGCAGAGCAUGUUCGAGUAUCUCGCACAGCCGCGACGCAGCAAUCAGAUGCGCAACUACCAUCAGCAGUUGACCACUAUGAAUCAGAAGCCGCAGGACAACAGUAUGAUUGACAGAGUCUGGUAGAAUAUAGACUGUAAGAUUUGUACUAUCAAUAACUAUAAGCAUUUAGUUAGGCUUGAGGGGGUAUACCAUACAUAUUAUAUGAAUAAAUAUCUUGAUACUUUGCAUUUGCAAUUGAUAUCACCCUAA